UCCAUGUAGUCUGCAGAUAGACUUAACUUUAUAAAGUCUUUUUUCUUUAUUUUUCACUGCGAUUAAAAUAUAUUUGUCAUCAUCAUUAUUAUUUUGCCUGCUGUCAAGUUAUUCUAAAAUUAGGAAGUAAUGAGCGUGGAUGCAUUGGGAAGCCCCGUGAUGGACCCUACGUUUUCCAAACGGAACACGGCGCUGAGAUUAGUUGACUUGGCAGGGGCUCACCACCAUCACCAUCAUCACCACCAUACCCCUCAGAGCGUGACAGGCUUCCCGGGGUUCAGCAGCCAUCCACACUCAAUGGCUCACUCGCACCCUGGGGAGAUUACUGCGGAACCCCGCCUGGGGCCGAGUCCAUUCGGGCCAGAACACAUGGGGCACUCCGCGGCCCUCAAAAUCAGCCCAGCCCAUCAUUAUCCCCACCACCAUCACCACCACCACAAUCAUCAUAUGGCAGGCCACAGUGAAGUGGUCUCCAGUCAAACGGGAGCUUUUGGCCCGGUUCAGGCGACAUCGGUGCCCUAUUCUAUGUCUCACACGGCCCAGGCUUUGUCCGCAGGUAGGGAUUUCCUCAUCCGGAGAGAUCUGACAGCUCAAGCCAUGCCGGUACUGACUGACCAGACUGCUGGUUCAGCCUCUCACCACGGAAUGUUUGUCUCAACAACAGGUAGCUAUCCCGGACACUAUGGUCAUCACCCUGACGCUGGGAACCAUAGCCUCUUCUCCGGACUCCAUCACGACCAGUCUUCUAGCGGAUCACCGGGUGGCCAAGCGUUGAAUGGACAAAUAAGGUUAGGACUACCUGGAGAAAUGUACGUUAGGUCUGAUCACUUGAGUCAAGUGACAAGCUCCAGGGCUGAUCCGUUCUCCGCCUCGCCGUUGCAUGGCUACGGUGGUCUGAAUCUGAACAUGAAUCUCAGCGCUCACCACCACCACCACCACCACGGAGCCGGUGCCUUUUUCCGUUACAUGAGACAGCCGAUAAAGCAAGAGCUGAUUUGCAAGUGGCUGGAGCCGGAGCUAUCGCAGAAGAAACUUUGCUCCAAAACUUACAGCACCAUGCACGAACUUGUAACGCAUGUGACGGUGGAGCACGUCGGAGGACCGGAGCAGGCGAACCAUAUAUGUUUUUGGGAAGAGUGUCCGCGCGAAGGCAAACCAUUUAAAGCCAAGUACAAACUUGUAAAUCACAUUCGAGUGCACACCGGGGAGAAACCGUUUCCAUGUCCAUUCCCUGGCUGUGGGAAAGUGUUUGCAAGAUCCGAGAAUCUUAAGAUUCAUAAAAGGACGCAUACAGGUGAGAAGCCCUUCAAAUGUGAGUUUGACGGCUGCGACAGACGCUUCGCCAACAGCAGUGACCGGAAAAAGCACUCCCACGUCCACACCAGCGAUAAGCCCUACAACUGCAAAGUGAGAGGCUGCGAUAAGUCCUACACACACCCGAGCUCCCUGAGGAAACACAUGAAGGUGCACUGCAAGUCCCCCCCGCCCAGUUCAGGCUACGAAUCAUCCACCCCGUCCCUGGUCUCCCCCUCCUCAGACUUGGGCCGGGAGCCAGGAGGCUCCUCGGUGCUGUCGGAGCCGAUGGGAGCCUCCCAGCCCGCGAAUUUAAGUGAAUGGUACGUGUGCCACAGUUCAGGUGCCAGCGGCGCCCAAACACCGCCCAGCGGGCCCUCCACGCCCGACCCAACAGACGAGUCACCUUACAGAAACCCGGAACCGAGAGACGCGUUUUAAUCCAAUUGGACUCAAACACGAUGCCAUAAGUGACAUAACACAUUUUCAGAAGCCUAACUAUUAAAAAUGGUUUGGCCUCGGUGCCUAUAUGCCUGUGAAGGCCCACAUGGUCCCCUUUUGGAUGAGCCACCAAACAAGACACCCAGAGCCAAGAGACGCAUUUUAACCACAUUGGAAGGAAAACAGUGCAAACCUUAAAGACGUGCUAAUUUCCACGCACAAUAAAAAGAAUAUAUUUUGAAACCUCAGCUGU